GAGACAAUCGAUGUCUUCACGACACAGGCUCUAGGAAGUGGUAUCAGCAGAUACAAGUGUUAUUUUGUCAUCAUGGUUGUUCUAGCAGAAGAAGUUGCUGCAUCACUUGUGCGGGAAUAUCUCAGUAGAAAAGGACUCAAACGAACAAUGGCCUGUAUGGACGAAGAGCACCCUCGCACAAGUACCAGUAUCAACAACAGAUCUGACCUGAGACAGGUUCUUCAUAUGGAGGGUCUCUGCAGGACUAACAAGGCUCAAGGCAGUCCUCUAAAAUCCAUGUUGGAGAUCAUGGUGAUAUUUCAGAUUGAUGGACAUAAUGACCCCAGAACCAACAUCAGGAGUGAUGUCCAGAAGUCUCUGUCUGCCCCUCAGACUGUAAACACCAGAAAAGACGACCCGGCACGACCUGACAGUAGAAAGAUCAUAUCAAGGUCUUUGACAGAGGUUGACUGUCCAGCCCAAGAUACAUCCUUAUCUCUAGCAACAGACAGACAGUCCACACUUGCCCAAAUAAGUCAAAGCUCUUCCAUAAAAAAACAACAAGACCAACAACCUCUGUCUAUGCCUUCCCAAGCCAGUGACCGCACCAUAAAGAAAGAACAGUUUUCAGACGGAACAAUUUCUGCUACGGAGAUAACUCAGAAGAAAUCAGUUAGCCGUAUCAGACGGGGCAUGAUGGCUGGUCCUAGAUCUAGUUUAUCUGAGGAAUCAAAUAGAAAGAAAAUAGUAGUCUGUUCUCAUUUUGGAGUUGAUGAAGACAGUAGAAAGACCAGAGAUGAGGAUGAGAUUACUGACCAUAGAGAAAGAACAAUCACUGGCUCCACAAGAGCAAGCCAAGAAUCUUGGAUCACACAUGAACUGGAAAGCAAGGCUGGAGAAGGUUCUGGAUUUGAGAAAGUAGAGAAAAACAUACAGAAAGAUUACAGAACAAAAUUAAAGCUGAAUCGCAAUGUUGAUAAUCUGGAGGGGAUGGAGAUGAUUUUGGAUGACAUAGAUGAUGAUGAGGAGCUUCUGGAACUGUCCAGAGUUACCCUUCAAUCAAGAAUACCUCAACACAGCCACGAUACCUAUCCCAUGGAUCAGAACACUGCCAGUGCCCUCAAAGAAGUUCUACUUGGCUCCAGAACCAGUUGUUUCAAUGCAGAGUGGAAGAGUCAGAGCUUCACAUUUUCAGAGAUAUCUGAUGUGAGAUAUGGAAUUAUACAAAAGAAGGGUGGUCCGUGUGGAGUUCUUGCUUCAAUGCAAGCCUGUGUUCUGAAGAAACUCCUGUUUGAAGGGGCCAACAUUGACACAAGCUUGCAGAGAUUAAGGCCGUCAAACACCUCGAGGACAAAGUGUCUGGCACUGGCUUCUGCUCAGGUCCUGUGGAGGGCUGGGGGGGGCAGGAGAGCCACCAUAGCUGUAACUUCAGGAAAAAAUAAUUUCGUUCCUUCAGGACAGUACAGGUCUGAUGGUAUAUUUGAGAAGAUAACAUGUUUUACUGUUGAUAACAUGAAGGACCUUCAGUUGUUGCUGGAUGAACACAUACAUCAGUUUGAGUCAGGAACCUUAGGAUGCAUACUGUUGACCAUCUCUGUUAUUCUGUCCCGGUCUAUUGACAGAGUGAGAGAGGAUAUGGAUGUGCCCACCACCACACUGAUCGGAGCCUAUGGUUACUGCACACAGGAGCUGGUCAAUCUGUUCCUGUGUGGGAGGGCGGUUUCCAAUGUCUUUGACAAUGACAUGGAGCUGGACUCAGGUAACGGAAACCUCACCCUCCUCCGGGGCAUCCAGAGGCGCUGUGACGUGGGACUGCUGUCCUUAUUUGAGCACUACAACAUCUGCAAGGUUGGAUCUUACCUGAAGACUCCCAGAUUCCCUGUCUGGCUGGUGUGCAGUGAGAGCCAUUUCAGCGUAGUGUUUGCCCUGCAGAGGGAGCUGCUGACAAGCCAGCUCCGGGAGUUCGACCUGUACUACUACGACGGCCUAGCCAAUCAGCAGGAGGAGAUCCGCCUUACUGUCUCGGUAGGAACCUCGGCCCCACUUUCAGGCCCCCAGGAUGCUGAACUUAUUCCUCCUCUUGAACACUGCAUCAGAACAAGGUGGAGUGAUGCCGUCGUUAAUUGGAAUAACACAGAGCCUAUUCUCUGAUUGGCCAUUGAAAGUGGAAUCAUCACAUUGAACUCAGAGAGAGACCACCCUCGAAGUUUCUAAAGAGAACCUACUUUGUUGCAGAUCAAAAGGAAUGUACUGAAGCAAUUAUUAUUUACUUUGAUUAUAUCAACAUUAAAAGUAAUGUGUGGGGACACCCUUCAAGCUGAUUCCAGUACAUACAGUGUGUACAGGUGCAAUGCAGGUCCAUUUCAAAUUUAAUUUUACAACGGGUACUUGAAGAUUGUAUCCAUGUAAAUGUUUUGUAAAACCAACUUGUGGUGCAGGAUGUGUAUUUUAAUAAUGAAUGUGGCAUGGCUUUACCUCCCAAUACCAUAUCAGGAGCAGUGCCUAAUAUAAUCUGAAUGUUAAAUUUGUUGUUGUUAAAAAUAGAUAAUAAAAUAGUAACUUUGCCUUCAUAACCUACUAUUUUUGUCUGCCAUUGUUUAUAGAUUUCUAAUGAGAAAAUACUUAUUAAUGCCUACAUUUAUGUUUUCAUUUGUUAGUAAACAGUUUUUAGUAAAUUGUAUUUAAUAAAAAAUAUAUUAUUAAUAUUUGUAAGCCGACAUUCUCAUGUGAAAAGUGAUAUAAUUACAAUAUGUAAUAUAUCACACUAAGUAAACCAACUGUUGUUUGUUUUGUUAUUUCUCAAAAUAUUGCAUCUUGAACACACUAGAGCUGCAUCCUUGUCCUUACGCUGGUGUUAUGUACAGAUUUGAUUUAACCAGCUUUUUUUUAGAGAGUCUCCAAACAUACUGUCUAAAAGUACAAUUUGUAUGUUUAUUUGUGGAUCAAGAUAUCCUUGAGUUUAAAACUGCUGUUUUUCUUUUGUUUUACUCAAAUGUGCAUAGAUAUGCAUAACAUUAGUGUUUCUGAGAUGAAUAGAGGAACAUCUGUGGAUCCAGUGUUUGCUCCAAGUAUUUUCAGCAAUUGAAGUAUGUGAUACAACAUAAAAAUGCAGGCACGUUAUGAAAGAAAAGAUCUUGCCUCAUUUCCUAAGAGCACGAUUGAAAUGUUGAGCACUUAUUAUUCCAUUAUGAUCAAAUGGGGAUAAACCAGACCCAUAUCAGUUUAUCAGUGACCAUCUGUUGUUAUGUAUUUGAAGCUUGACUGAUUGCAAAUAGAAAUCCACCCACUCAUGAUUACAUUGUAUAAUAAGGGCUUGGCCCUUGCAGCCAAACCUUGCAUAUUAUCGUUUCGGUUUGUUGCGGUGUAUCCUUUCAUAUAUUAGAGUUCAUAAACAGAACGUACUUAUAUUGUACUUUCUCAAAAAAUGAUGGCCUUUUUACCAGACUAAGUCUCCCACUCUCCUUUACACAAUAAAUUAUGUUUCUUACA